AUGGUAAAUGCUUUCAAAACAAGUGUUGCGGGGCUGGAGAAAGAACUUGAAACCUUGAUUACUGACAACCAGAUACAGGGUCGCAUUGACUCCCACAACAAGAUUCUGUAUGCAAGACAUCCAGAUCAAAGAAAUGCAACUUUCCGACGGGUUUUGCAGACUGGCAAUGAAUUUGAUCAGGAUGUGAGGGCCAUGUUGCCGAGGGCAAAUCUUCUCAGGUUUAAAGUGGAAACGUUGAAAGAAUCUCUAAUUCUACUUGGUCUACUGUCUCGACAGGAGGCGGUGGUGCAGGGUACUUGGCGCUCAAACAAUCACAAUAUUUUCCAUUAUGGCUUGCCUACUCCAUUAUUGGACUAUCUAAGGAGAGUUCGGAAUCCUCUCCAGCAGGAAAAGGACCUUUCACAAGCUAACUUGGAAAUUGAAUUAGAAGUUCUUGAAGACCUCCAAUCCACGUUCAGUGCCAUGAUGGAAAAUCUUGGUGACUCAGAUUUUGUAGAUGGAGAAAACACGACUUGGGAUGUGAAGUUAGCAAUGGAGUCUAAAGAUCUACAAAGGAAGAUUAUCUCCUCAAUUUUGACUUCGUUUUCUGCUGGUUGCAAGUUGGUUGAAAGUGAGUUAACCCCCAAUCUGUAUUUAUAA